CGUUGUGCUGUAAUGCGAGCCUCCUCCUACUCCUCUUCCUCCUCCUCCUCAUCCACCGCCACCACCGACCACCCGAGCCGCUCGCGCAUCAUGCGCGGCGCAAACAACCCAAGGCGCGUCUCCCUUUGAAGAAGGGAAUCCGUAACGGCGCGUUGCGAGACGCAGCGGCGGCGGCGGCGGAGGAAGGGAGCGAGUGAGGAGUGGAGUCCCGUGGGCUCGUCCGCUGGCCCGUGCCCGCUGCGCUCGGGGAUAAAGCGCGGCGCAAUCCGAGGGAGACCGAGAGCCUCAAAAGCUCCGAGAGUUGUUCUCGGUGCUCUCUCCAACUUGGGAGUAAAAUACGCAGCGAGCGAGCGUUGUGUAUGGAGCCCGUCAGGAUGUCCGCUCUCGUCCUGUUCGCCCUGGCUGCGCACGCUGCCGCUGCGAUGGAGUUUACCGGCAGCUGUUCAUUUGAGGAUGACUUCGGGGCCUGUGGAUACCGCCAAGACACGGACGACACCUUCGACUGGGAGCAAGUGAACGCGCGAGAGUUUCCCGAGUUGGAGGGAGCCAUCCCACACGCCGACGUGGACACGUACAUGCUGGCGAACACGUCCGACCGCGUGCCGGGGCAGUGGGCCACCUUGCGUCUGCCACAGAUCAAGAAGAACGACACGCACUGCCUGGAUUUCCACUACCACCUCUCGGCGCCCGGCCGCCUCAGCCCCGGGACCCUCAACGUUUACGUGGCCGUCAACGGGGGGCCUCUCGCCAACCCCAUCUGGAACGCCAGCGAGAGCAUGGGCCGCCGCUGGGCACGUGCCGAGCUGGCCAUCAGCACGUUCUGGCCAAACAGCUAUCAGGUGAUAUUUGAAGCGGUGUCUUCUGGUGUUGAACUGGGUUACAUAGCUAUCGAUGAUGUGCAAGUCCACAGCUAUCCAUGCAACAAAGCUCCUCAUUUCCUUCGACUGGGCAGCGUCGAAGUGAACGCCGGACAGAACGCCACCUUCCAAUGCAUUGCCACAGGGAAGGCUCUCACCAAUGAACUCCUCUGGUUGCAGAGGAGCAAUGGGCAGGACAUCCCCGUGAGUGGAACGAAGCUGGUGAACCACAGAAGAUUCGCGGCAUCCUUUGGUGUGCCGCACGCCGCACGCUCGCACGCCGACAUUUACCGUUGCGUCACGGGCUCAGCUGACGGCGCGGGGGUGUCCAACUUUGCACAGCUCAUCGUGAAAGAGCCACCUACGCCCGUGGCUCCCCCGCAGCUGGUGGGAGCCGGUGCCACGUACCUGCUGGUGCAGCUCAAUGCCAACUCCAUCGCGGGCGACGGCCCCGUGGUGCUGCGCGAGGUGGAGUACCGACUGCCUGCCUCCGUCGGCGGCUGGGCCGAGACUCACGCCGUGAACGCCGCCACGUACAAACUGUGGCACCUGGACCCGGACACGCGCUAUGAGGUGCGCGUGCUGCUCACGAGGCCAGGCGAGGGUGGCACGGGCAAGUCGGGGCCGCCCCUCCUCGCCAGGACCAAGUGCGCCGAGCCGACUCGGCCGCCCCGCGGGCUCCUCGUCACGUCCGUGGGCUCGCGGAAGCUCUCCGUGGAGUGGGAGCGCGUGGGCUACAACGUGACCCGGUGCAGCAACUUCAGCGUGGCCGUGCGCUGCCGGUACCGGCGCGGAGGAGGAGGCGGCGGAGGCGGCGGAGGCGGAGGGUGGGGUGGGAGCAGCGGGGUCAGUCCUGAGAUUGUGCGGGAGGAGAUAUGGAAGGCCGAGGUGGCACCUGAGGCCUCCGACGGCAGCAAGAGGGACCGAGAAACCAGCCCCCCCGCUCUCGCCAAGGGAGGCGGGAAAGGCCCCGGCAUCGCGGCGGCCAGGGGGUCAACGUCCGUGAAGGGCGGCGAGGCUCUGCGGGUUCUCGCGCAGCACACGCUCUACGACCUCCCGCCGUUCACCAACAUCAGCGUGAGGCUGGUGCUGUCCAACCCGGAGGGGCGCAAGGAGAGCGAGGAGAUUGUGACGCAGACCGAUGAAGAUGUGCCAGGUCCCAUUCCGGAGGACUCGAUCCGAGGGGACACGUUUGAGGAUCGGAUAUUUCUGCAGUGGAGCUGUCCCACAGAGACCAAUGGCCUCAUAAGCCUCUACGAGAUCACGUACCAGGCCGUGAGCUCCUUCGAUCCGAGCUUGGUGGCGGCAGCUCGCAGCGGCGUCAUCCACAGAGCGAGCAACGAGACGGCCCACCUCUUCUCUGGCCUCUUCCCCGGCACGUCGUACGCCUUCACGCUACGCGCCAGCACCGUGAAGGGCUACGGACUCCCGGUCACUGUCCGCCUGAGCACCAACAUCUCCGCGCCGACCCUGCCUCGUUACGAGUUUGACGAGCCACUCAACGAGACAGACACGACCAUCACCGUUCUGCUGCAGCCGGCGGCUUCGAAGGGCGCGCCCGUCAGUGCCUACCAGCUGGUGGUGAAGGAGAACCGGCAGCAGCAGCAGCAGCAGAAGCCAAGGGUGCGGCGUGACCUGGACCGCACGGUGGGCUCGGCAGUGGCGGCAGCAGCAGCAGCAGCACCGCCCUCGCCUGCAUCGCACCCUGCCGCUGCUGCGGCGGUGGCGGCUGCCGCCUCGGGGGAGCGAGCCGCGUCCCGCGGCGACGCCGCAAGCUGCUUCUUCGAGCCCAUCGGCUUCCAGGCGGCGUCGGCGCGCGACUCGCCGCACUACUUUGCCGCCGAGCUUCCCCCGGCCGCGCUGCCGAGCCCGUCGCGCUUCGUCGUGGGCGACAACCGCACGUACAACGGCUUCUGGAACGCGCCGCUCACGCCCGAGAAAAGCUACGACGUGUACUUCCAGGCUGUGAGCCAGUCGGCCGGGGAAAUCAAGAUCGACUGCGUACGCGUCGGAAGGAAGGGUGCCUCGCCGCGACCACCAGCCGCCCCGGCGCCCGAGCGGCAGAUGGACCACACCAUGCGGGUGGCGGGCAUCGUGGCCGGGUCGCUCGCCCUCAUCCUCGUAAUCAUGGCCCUGCUCAUCAUUUUCCGCAGGAGGAAAAUGUCCAAAAAGCGCAAGGAGGGCGGCAAUGGUGGCAGCCGGCAGGAGAUGACGCUGAUGGUGCACGCGAUGGACAAGAGCUUCGUGGAGCAGAGCGCCCUGCACGGUGAAGAGCCUCUCGCCUUCCUCAACGCGCACAACGGCACCGGCAGAUCUUUCUCAUCGCCAGCACUUUCUGACAAGAGCCAUACCAAUAACAGCAAAGCCUGCCACCCUUGCUACGUUUCAGAUGAGAACCAUGGCAGUGCGAACUGCUCAGCGGAGCAGCCUGGCCCCGCUUGCGGUCCCAGUGUGGUCGGUGUCAUCGGCUGCAGUGGUGGCGGUGGUGGCAGUGGUGGUGGUGGCGGUGGUGGCAGUGGCGGUGGAGGAGGAGGCAGCAUGGCUAAGGCGGUGCGGUCAUUCCACACGCACCACGGCCCGCCGAGCCAGCCGCACCACCUGCCUCCCCACGCACCGCCCCCUCAGCCUCCAAUGCCACCGCAGCAACAACUGCAGCAACAGCCGCAACAACAACCGCAACAACCGCAACAACAACCACAGCAACCACAGAGGCACCGGCGCCCAAGGGAUGGGCCCGACUCACCUGCCUACCACACAGGGCGGCUGCACCCUGCAGUGCGCGUGGCUGAUCUACUGCAGCACAUUGGACAGAUGAAGACCGGGGAGGGCUAUGGCUUCAAAGAGGAGUAUGAGAGUUUUUUUGAGGGACAGUCGGCUCCGUGGGAUGUGGCUAAGCGAGAUGAAAAUCGGGCCAAGAACAGAUACGGCAACAUCAUCGCUUAUGACCAUUCCAGGGUGAUGUUGAAUGUAUUGGACGAGGAACAAAACAGUGAUUACAUCAAUGCCAACUACGUUGACCUGCGUUGCUGCCGAGAGCUGAGCAUGGGAUACUACCGAACGCACCAUUAUAUCGCCACACAAGGUCCGCUUCCCGACACAGUUGGCGGCUUCUGGAGGAUGAUCUGGCAGGAACGCAGUGCCAGCAUCAUAAUGGUCACCAAUCUGGUGGAAGUGGGCAGGAUCAAGUGUUGCAAGUACUGGCCCGAUGGCAGUGACGUGUAUGGGGACAUCAAGGUGACACUGGCAGACACGGAGAUGCUGUCGGAAUACAUCAUCCGAACGUUUCGCGUGGAGCGGGCAGGGCAGGAGGACAUCCGGGAGGUGCGACAGUUCCACUUCACGGGUUGGCCUGACCACGGGGUGCCGUACCACGCCACUGGACUGCUCGCGUUCAUCCGCCGUAUCAAGGCCCUCGACCCACCGCACGCAGGGCCUCUGGUUGUCCACUGCAGCGCUGGGGCUGGCAGGACCGGCUGCUACAUGGUGAUCGACAUCAUGCUGGACAUGGCAGAGAGCGAGGGCGUCAUCGACAUUUACAACUGCGUGCGGGAGCUGCGUACCAGGCGCGUCAACAUGGUGCAGACAGAGGAGCAGUACGUGUUCAUCCACGAUGCCAUGCUGGAGGCGUGCCUGUGUGGGGACACGUGCAUCCCUGCCGGGGAUUUCCGUGCGGCGUACGCCGAAAUGCUGCGCCCCGACCCACAGAGCAGCUCCAACCACAUCAAGGACGAGUUUCAGACCCUGAAUAUGGUGACGCCGCCGCUGCGCGUCGAGGACUGCAGCAUCGCCCUGCUGCCGCGGAACCACGAGAAGAACCGCUACCACGACGUGCUCCCCCCCGACCGCUGCCUGCCCUUCCUCAUCACCAUCAACGGGGACAGCAGCAACUACAUCAACGCGGCGCUCAUGGACAGUUACAGACAACCGUCGGCAUUCAUCGUCACGCAGCACCCACUGCCCAACACCGUGAAGGACUUCUGGCGGCUGGUAUUUGACUACCACUGCACCUCCAUCGUCAUGCUCAACGAGCUGGACUCCAAUAAGUACUGUCCUCAAUACUGGCCAGAAGAGGGUAUGCUUUGCCACGGACCCAUCCAGGUCGAGUUUGUGGCAUUCAACAUGGAAGGAGACAUCAUAACAAGAACUUUCCGCAUCUGUAACGUGGCCCGGCCGCAGGAUGGCUGCCGCAUGGUGGAGCAGUUCCACUACCUGGGCUGGCCUGCCGGGCGGGAGGUGCCGGCUUCGCGGCACUCGUUCCUGCGCCUCGUGCUGGCGGCCGAGCGCUGGCGGGAGGAGUACGGCAUGGACGGCCGCACGGUGGUGCACUGCCUCAAUGGAGCGGGUCAGUGCGGCACCUUCUGUGCCGUGAGCGUGGUGUGCGAGAUGAUCAAGAGACAGAAUGCCGUCGACGUAUUCCACGCCAUCAAGUCACUUCGGAACAACAAGCCAAACAUGCUGGAGACUCUGAGUCAAUACCAGUUUUGUUACGACGUGGCACUGGAAUACCUAGAGACUGUUUAAGAACAAGGCUCUCGCACACACGGGGAGCAUCCAAGUGAAGAGCUCAGACUUUUUUUGUAUUCGCAUGGAAAGGAGCUGCAGAGAGAACAAGUGAAGAAUGGUUUAACCCAGCGCUCCUGGUCCGAGAUCAGGGCUCCAUUUUGUUUUUCAAUUUCUCAUGGAAUAUUUUUUCCGGGGCUCCUAUCCACAUACCACACCCCCUGCCUCGCAGAAGUGGCAAGAAAUGGGGGGGGAUAGAUUUGUUUUUCUUCUAGUUCUCAGCCCAGGGAAACUCCGGCUGAAAUUCAACACCGCGAGAUGUAAUCUUCUGGAAGAGUUUAAAUAUGGACGACACAUGUAACCAUAUAAUCAAGUGUUUAUAAUUUGCUUGUAUAUUUACAUUUUUAUUGCUUGUUUAUUUUUGCCAUAUGUUUACCAUAUCAACAGGUUAUUGUGAUAAGAUCAAUGUUUCAGAGGUGUAUCUACAUUUACCUGCAUACUACAAGUGAGCAUUGCACAACGCCACGAUGUCACUCUUUGCCACGUGACAUCCUUUUCAUUGCAAUUACUUGUAAAGGAUUUAUUGUGCAGAAGAUACAAUACGUACAUUGGCAGCAGUACAGUUUGAUAUUUUUCAUAUUGGAGUUGAUAAAUGUGCAAUUUCCUGAAUACGAACAACAUCAAAGCACGCUUUACUUUUACAUAUUACCCAAGUGUUGGCCAAAUAUUACCGUGAUUACAUGCCACUAAGCUUCCCUAUAAAGCCACCUAUCGGCACAGUAAAACUUGGAAUACCCGGCCGGGUACGGGUAGCCGGGUAUCGGGUAGGGUACGGGUAUCGGGUACCUGGUUGCGACCUCUGCUAUAUAUUACUGGACGAACUGUUGGGAUAAAUGCCAAUGGCGAGAACCUUUUAAGGCCGGCAUGGCGCACGAGAAGGUGGGGUGGUCAACCCCUGCAUGACUUCUUUUGUCUCCGCAAUGCUGAUGUUUACUUAUUUAGGGCCGAGUAAACCUAGGGAAGACUCAGGACCGGUACAGAUAUCACUCGCCACUGAUGUAAGCCAUGGCAGGGAAUCGAACUUUGAUCGCAAGGUUUAUGCGCCACCCACCGAACCACAUACACACUGAAUACGUGCAUGUGUGUGUGUGUCAGAAGCUUCAUACUGGAGGGAUCCGAUGAGUUACAAUGCUCUUUUUCACAAAUGUCCAGUAGGGGCAGGUAGGAAAAUUUCAACAACAAACAAUACAAACUCACGAUAGGAGUGCAAAGUAUAGGGAAAGUAAGCGAAUCAUAAAAUACAAAUUUACUUUUUUAAUACAAAUAAACGUUUUAUUUUACCAGGUAAAGCCCAUGGAACUAUUAUCUUCUUUAGAUAUAAGCUACAGCACGUCCAUAUGAACCAGAAUUUUGACAGUGGUGCCAUAAAGGUAAGGCUGGCCCUUCGUUGUGAUAUUCUAGGAAUUUUUCUGUGAAAAAAAUAUAAUUAGCCUCAUCUUGACGUUUGGCAAGAUAGUGAUGAUUAUGCAAAAUUGCAGAGGAACCCUGCAGUGUUCAAUUAAUAGUGUAUUGGUCAUGGUAUGUUGAUUGGUGUGGGUUCAGGUCAUGUUGAAUUGUAGUUAAGCUUACUAAUUUCAAGGAAGAUGGACAACAGUGCAAACUCUUUGGCAGGCUGCUUUCAAUGUAGAUGGGACAUAGACGUCUUGAAAUGAGGUAAUUAAGGAGAGACUGUCACCGUCUGGGAUUAUAAAUAAACAUCCGUUCUGUGUGAAGAAAAGAACAUCCAUAUUUUUGGUUUAGUUAGCAUUUGAGUUAGAAAUGCAGCAUUGAACACAAUGAUCAUGUAUUGGAGAAAGUUACUUCAACAUUUCUAUAGAUUCACUGUGGACAAAAAUAAACCUAAAUGUAUUUUAUGAGACAUUGAAAUAUAUGUUAAACUGUUCACUUUCAUAUCGGUUUGAGCUGGUUCAGAGCCACAAAUGUGGCAUGAACGUUGGUGUCUGAAAGAGGCGUUGGACAACUACAUUACCGAAUUUAGUUAUGAAUACUUUUAAUGAAUUGGUACAGUCAGUCCAAUUGUAAUGGACGCAUGUUUAUUAUAUUAUUUUUAACUGUACAUAGGUGUGGGUUUGAACAGAAAGAGACUAUUCAGAAGCAUUUUUCUGGCUUCAUGUUAACGUACAUAAGAAGAGUAUGUGUAUUUAAUAUGAAGCAUAUUCGAAUAUCGUCUCACUUUGGCUGUGAAAAAGUCCUUGAUUUAUACCGUUUAUAGCUGUGUGCCACCUCUUUAAAACAUUAUGGUUGUGUCAUCCAUUUGUCGUGGGAAAUAAAACAUGCGUACAUGAAGUAAUCAUAAAGCCUCUGUUGAGAAUUAAGUUAGGGAGAGACGUGUUGGAAGAAUGCGUUGUUUAUUUCGUUUUUAGUAAAUGAAGGUCUGCAAUGACCGAUGGGUCAGGGAAAUAUAAUUUAUAGAAAUUUCAUAUUUUCACAACAAAUUCCCUGAAUUAACUGCAAAUGACGAUUUGGAAAGGGAUGGAUGAUAAUGACCCUAGUGAUCAAAUCGAAGAAUGUUCACCAAAUGCACCUUAAUUAGAUAUUAUAUUUCGCAUAAUCGUUCAAUAGAAAUGUAGGUGUUCCAAGAUCAAUGUGAAAAUGUCGCAUGUAAAUUACGUUUCCAUAUGUUUUUCUAAAGGAGACAUUUUUACGAUAUCAAAUACAGACAUUGAAGACGAAUAACACGUUUUUAAAUCUUGUUUGGUAGGGGUUUUUUUAAUUCUUCUAAGGCGUUGUACGAGCCUACGACCCCGAGUAUCACGUUUUAGCAAUGUCGCCGACAAUAGUAGUCUUUGAAUAGUUUUAAUUUGUCGUCAAACAAAAUGCAAGUGCAAUGUGGAAAUGUGAGGACAACACAAUUACGUAGAACAAUAAAAACCAAAGAUCGCUCCAACAUGGCAGAAAUGUUUUGCCAGGUUGUGCACGAGUUACUAGCGAUCGUACGAGCACGUUUCAACACGCAAGUAUUUGUGCUAGAUCAGUUUAUCAUUUGAAACAUUUGUAUUGUUUGUAGAGGUAAGAUAACAGGAUACUUGUUUAUAUUUUGUGUACAAUGUGUGGAGCAUUUACAACGAGCGUUGAUACUGCCACUACGACGGUUUUUGCCCCCAUUCAGAUGAUUCCCACCGUUCGUCUCCAGAUUUCAGAUGGAGGAGCUACUCUGUGAUUACGCAUUAACCCGCUGCUUGUGCAAGUCUACAGAAACCCGGUUUAGGUGCAGAAGUGAAAUUUAUCGCUCACUGACCACUGCUAUAGUGGGAAGGGCCUCUACAUAUACGGAGCCCGAGGAGAUAUUUGGCCUAUCCUGUCACGAUGACCGGCUGUACGUGUCGGUGCAAACUAUGAAGUUGUUUUUUAUAUGGCGCUGCUGUACCGUUGCACAGUUUGAUCGCAUGGUCACCACAGGCACCUGGGUGACAUUAUUUGAGAGGCUCAUAUACAUGUGUUUUUUUAAGAGACUAGAAUUAACUUGUUUUUACAGUUAUGUUUUAAUUAUGAAAUGGGGUUGUUUUUUUAUACGUGGGAAAAUACUAUGUAACACGGUUUUUGUUACUGGGUAGUAAGUGUUAUUUUCUAAUUGCUUAUGCCUCAAAGUACAUAAAAUGGGUAUUAUUCCCCACAAACUUUGCUUUUGUGACCAGAACUUUACGUGAAGGAAUGACACAAAUGCACACGUUUUUUCAUUGAAAAUUAGUUACAUUUCAAAAUAUCAAUGUCCUGCUCACAAAAGCAAAGUUUAUGGGGAAUUAUUCCCAUUUUCUGUACUUUUGACGCAUAACCAAUUAGGAAAUAACACUUACUACCCAGGAACAAAUUUUUGUUACACAGUGAAGUAAGAGUGCAAGGUUGCGACGAGCAGAGCAAUUGUAGCCGAUAACCCGAGGCCACGGGUUCAUUGCGUCAAUCCACCAGCAGAUUCCCCGUCUGUGUGCGAUUCCUGUGGCUGGACACGUGGACGCGACUUGAGACACAUUGUUCGAAGCGUCAGUGAUGAGAUCCGUCGUUCUGAUUGUUCAGGCUACUUAUUGUUUUUCAUGUAUUGAUGUUGCGUACACAACUAUUGCACAUGCUGUGUUUGGCGCACCAUGCUUUGAGAUAUGCCACCUUUUGAAUGACGUGCUCAAUUGAGUUUGUGUUUAUUACUUACCGUGCGAUCUUUGUCAGGUUCCAUGAGAGCAAGGUCUCGUAAGAGUGAGGUGUCAAGAAUAAAGGUUUUUACAGAAGCCCCCUUUGCCUGGUUUUGUAAAUUCGGCUGGCCCACUUUUCGUAUGCGAUGGGAAAGUUCGUGUCCCACCUAAACAAACAAAAAAUCCGAAAACCUAGGUGACCUGUUGGUGAAAUGAACUCUCUCUACGUGAGGUUUGCAUCAGUACGAUUGUAUAAUUUGCAGCCCUCGUCAAUCCAUUGCUGAAUGAAGGCCUCCCCAAUGCCGUGUCGGUCAUACUUUUACCACGCUGGUCAAUGUGGGUUGGAGAGGGAGGUGGGUGGGUGCAGACCGGUUCGGAUAAAACUUGCCACCGAUGUUGGCUGUGGCCAGGAAUGAAAAAAACUCAGGUUGCCGAGUUCAUAUUCCCCAACAAAAAAAAACAUUUCAAGGAGUUAAAGGGACAAUUCCUUUCGGCAAACUAUCUCGAUUGAUGUAUUCUCUUUCAGAUGCCGGGAGACAUUUCGGUAGAUUUGCCUGAACAAUGCAGUGCGCUAACCCCCCAAGCCAAUUGAUUAGAACUGUGCUAUUCCGGUAUUUAAGCGAUAGAUUAUUGAUAAACAAUCACCGAUAUGAUUACUCGACGAAUCUGAUUAACAUGAAAUUUUGGAAAUACGUGUUCACCUCCGUUCCCAACUGUGGGCUGUCCCAAAGAUAUUGGAUGGGGGCUCGAUUGUGAGUAGCGUCAUCAGGCAUUGUCAUGCUGUGCGUGGCUUGUUGGGUGGUUUCCUGCCUUCAGGAGGCAUGAUGUUGGGAGCGGCUGCAAUGUUUUCAAAAGAACCUCGAGUAAUCGAUUUAGUUCAUCAAUUGAUUUUGAUCGACUUCCAGGUGUUUCGUAGAUGUUUCCCCUACAGACAGGAAACAGGUACAUUAUAAUUUUGAUUUAAAGCUUUCGUGACUGCAGGGAUUCAUAUUCUUGGUUCUUUCGGUAAAGUCACGUAGAAGGGAAAUAAUAAAAUAAUAUUAAUAUAAAACAAUACAAAUUAUCACGACGUUUCGACUUCAACACAAGCAAUCAUCAUCAGGUGUGAUUGUUAUGAUAUAUUAUAUUAUUUUAUUAUUUCCCUUCUACGUGACUUUACCGAAUGAACCAAGAAUAUAGGUACAUUAUAUUAAACAGUAGUUGGCCUCAUAUUUUUGAUUAGUUUGUUGUCCUCCCGCACCUCCGAUUAGCACGGUUGGCUACGCACGGUGUGAAAGAAGUUCAACAUACAUAUACAGAGGGUCCAGAUGUCUUGUGACCCCCCAUUUAAUUAUCUAAAACUUUGUUUUAAGUAAGGUUUAUUUAAAACAAAUGAAUAUGCAAAGGGGAAAAAAGGGGUCGCCAGCCAUCAGUUCCACCCUGUGCAUAGGCUUUAAGUGCAAAACAAUGCCGAUGUCCAUGGUAUUUGUGAUUUGUAAGAAGUUUUUGCAUUUGCAACACCUCGGAUUAGCACGGUUGGCGACGUAAGGUGCGAAAGAAGUUCAACAUACAUGUGUACGACACUGUACGUGCACGUGAUGCAUAGGCAACAUGUAACGCGUGCGGCGGCAGGCCCAUCAUCGUUUAAAAAAAGUAGACCCAUCGUUAUUGCUUUAAGUUUUCAACCAAAAAAGCAUUCGAAUGCCCCUAAUGUGACACGGAUAGAAAACAAAAUAGCAUCGUUUAAAUAUAGUUGUUUAGAAAUCGGUGUAUAUGUCACAGUCUGCUCAUUAGGUAAGAAAAAAAAUGCAUCAUGCUGGUCAUGAAUAAACACAAGAGUGAAUGUUGUUUUUCUAUUAACUGUAUAAUAAUACUACGAAGUGAUUUUCUGCAGAAUUUACCCGUAAUUUGAACACAGAAUGUUAGUUUAUUUUCAAAAUACAAAAAUAUAUUUCAUUUGCAGAUGCUAAAAAACGAUACAUCUUUGGCGUCUCGUGUUUGUAUAGCUUACAGCUGGUAAAUUGCACAUAUGACGCUUCUUUGUUUGCUUAGAUAUUCAGACGCAUUUGAUAUUGUUAAUACAGUACAUAGUAAUGUUAUCGUGUACCAAAUAAAGGAUUUGUUUUCGAA